CUGUGCGUGUUAGCGGGAGGGACAACUUUCAGGAAGUUAUCAGAUUUAGUUUCUGUUUCCCACCGGGCCAUCAAUAAACAGUUGUUGAAAGAAGGCUAGCUAGACAUUUCAAGAAGUCAUUCGUUAUAACUUAUUGAUAAUGACAGGAUAUCGAUACAUAUGUCUACUCACAAGGCUCAACUGACGACCUACGUACCGUUACGGCUUGGUUUCCCUCCGGAGGUUGGUUCACAUUAGCAUAACGAACAACAUUUUAAUCUGACCACAGGCCUCACGCCCGGGGCCUGUUACAGAUUCUUGGGGGCUCGUGCCGGGAUUGGCUCUUCAUGCUCUGAGACGCUGAUCCUUAAACCGUGAUUGAGAGGCUGAGCUGGUGGUGCAGUGCCUAGUGCUGGAGGUGAGCAGCUGCUGUCCAUGAGAAGUGCAACCCAUUGAGAGGAGGUGUAGCUGAAGCUGGUGCUGAGGGACCUGCUGUAAAGGACUGGAGAAGACGUUGUGAUGGCCGACAAGGAGAGGAAGAGCCUGUUGUGGGACAUCAGGAAGAGCCUGCUUUUACUGUCGCCUAAUGAACUUUUCCAGAUCGCUACUAAUGUGGGCCCAGUUCCAGACAAGGAUUCAUCAGAGCUUUCUAGUGAGGAUGCAGAGGGGUGCUUUGAAUACAUCCAUGCUCGAAUGUACAGUAAGAACCUUUUAGACACUGAGGACAGAGGGUUGGGGGAAUUGUUAGCACUAAAAGAUGAGGUGGACGAGAUUGUACAGUCUCGGGGUGUUACCGUUCCUCCUGUCGAGUUAGCCCAUCCAGCCACAGCUAAUGAACCAUUGAUUGAACCAGUAAGUGUAACCACUACUGCCACCGUGAACACACAGCCAGUCAUUGACACAACCAAUGCUGCUACACUUAGCAAUGCUAAUGUGUUACCAGAAAAUGUACAGCAAAUGCUUUUGAACUAUGAUGAUUUGAGUAAGAAACUCCUCCAGUUUGUGAAUAUGCCCACACCACAGGCCACAGCACAACCUAAAAUUGCACAACCUUUUCCAGUGAACAGUGCACCACUACACAGUAGAACACAGCCAGAUGCUGCCAUAUACCAGCCACCAGAAAAGGGGUUGUCCCUAAAAGAUCUCCCCUACAUUCAGCGCCGUGAAUUUAAGGUACAGGGAGGCCAAAUUGGGGAUCACUCAUCUGAUAUUAGUUACAACAGUGUGUGUAGGCAGAUGGAAGAGGGAGUCAAAGAUAACUUCACUGAUUCAGAGGUAGUGAGAGGUGUGCUCAGGAUCAUAAAACCAGGGGAUUUCAAGGACAUGCUUGUUAAUAAGGAAGAUAUGACGGUAGCCGAGCUCAGGGGCUUUUUGCAGUCACACUUGGGGGAAAGAAAUAGCACAGAACUAUUUCAAGAGCUAAUGUGCGCAAAACAAAGCGAGCAUGAGACCCCUCAGCAAUUCCUCUAUCGGGCUAUUGGACUGAAGCAAAGAAUCCUGUUCUCAUCAAAACAAACGGAAGCUGGGAUUAAGUACAGCCCAGACACAGUCCAAGAUGUCUUUCUGCACACCGUAUAUCAAGGGAUAGGACACAAACACAAUGACAUCCGCAGGGAGUUGAAACCCUUACUUUCAGAUCACACGGUGACAGAUGAGACAAUCUUGAAGCACGUCAUGAAAAUCACAAGUGAUGAAAGUGAAAGACAGCGUAGGUUGGGCCCUACACAACGCCAGAAACAUGCCGCUGCACACAGUGCUCAAGUUGAGAAUGGAAUCGUGGAACAGCCACAGGUAAAGAAAGGAACUGUGGAGCAGAAAGCCAAAACAGAUACAGUGCAACAGCUCACAGAGAAAAUAGAUGUGCUCACCAAGCUAGUAGACACCCUUGCAGAAAAAGUACAGAGAGACCAAACCUGUCACUGUUCACCUACAAAAACCCAAAUUACCAAAAAAGAGAGAUCCUAUGGUUGUCCAAGGUGUGUAGAGCAGGGUUUGCGGGACUGUAGACACUGUUUUCUUUGCGGCGAAGAGGGCCACAGAGCUAGAGGUUGUCUAAAACACCAUAGGCAUCAGGGAAACGCCAACCGGUUGCUGAGGGGGGACAGACAGUAACCGGAGCCCUUCCCACGUCCCACUUGACAGGUGCAGAAGCAGGGUUAGACGUCAGCCAGUGGAUCAGCAUGAAUAAGCUAGACACAACCACUGAGACAGCUAAGGUAAAAAAAAAACGUAAUAGUAAGAAAACUACUGUUACUGUGCAAGACUCCGCAGCUUCCAGCAAUGUACAAAUUGCCAAACUAAUAGGUAGAAAAGCUUUAACUAAGUGUAUCCUUAAUGGUCUAGCAGUUAAUGUGCUAGUAGACACUGGAGCUCAAGUCAGCAUGAUAGAUAGGCCCUGGAAGGACAAAUACUUACCUGACCUUGACAUGCGCCCUCUUUCGGAGCUCAUUGACCUAUUGAAAGACAAAAGGAAGUUGGAAGUGUACGCGGUAAAUGGAGAAGUCAUUCCCUUUGAUGGUUGGGUCAUCAUCACUGUGAACUUGCCUGGUAAUGAGGACCCUGACUUAUCAAUUAAUGUACCCUUCCUGGUGAGUUCAUUAUCACUUGAAAUGCCACUGAUAGGCUUUAAUGUAGUGGAAGUGGUAAUCCAGGGAAAACCAGAGAAAUUAGGCCCCACUUUAACCCAACUGCUAGGUGGAGCCAUGUCCAUUCCUGAUGAGACAGCACAGACUAUUGUACACUUUGUACAAACGAGAAAAACAGUCGCACAACAGGGACGCUUAAGAAUAGGGCAGAAAGAGAGAAUAAUCCCUGCGGGUAGUGUAACCUGGGUGAAGUGUAGAGUGCCUCCUCAGCUUGACCCCUCUGACUCAUUAGUAUUGUUUGAACCAGAGGAAAGUUGCGUACAGCUACAGCAACUAGACAUAGGUGAGGGCUUGCUUGAGAUUCAGAAUGAGACGAACCCCUACGUAGCUGUGCCUCUAGGGAACCCUACAAAACAUGACAUCAUCCUGCCUAGAAAAUCCCCACUUGGCAGUAUUCAGCCAAUCAAAAAAAUAGUUGAAACUGACUUGCCUGAUAAAGAAGGAGUGACGGUUCAGGGUAUCAUGACUACCCCAUCUGACUCAGCCAGAAUACCCACACGGUGGCAACCACCAGUUGAUGUAAGUCACCUCAACGAGGAGCAACAACAGACUGUAAGAGAAAUGCUGUAUGAAGAGUCGCCUGCUUUCGCCAGAGAUGCUGAUGAUAUUGGCUGUAUUCCAAGUUUACACAUGUCAAUAACCCUCAGAGAUGACAUUCCGGUACAGAAAGCCUACUCUUCUAUUCCAAAACCACUUUUCGCGGAAGUAAAGGAGUACAUCCAAGACCUCUUAGCAAAAGGAUGGAUCAUCAAGUCGAAGUCCCCUUACGCAGCCCCUGUUGUGUGCGUCCGAAAAAAGGACGGCUCGCUGCGCCUUUGUAUUGACUAUCGAUUGUUGAACCAGAAGACUAUCCCUGACAGACACCCACUACCUCGGAUCCAAGAUCUGACC